AUGUCCACUGUGAAGGAUACAAUCAAGGACAUGUUUACUAAUCAUUUCAUACCAUUUGAAGUAUUGGAGAGUUUUAAGAUUGCAGAUAUUGGAUGUGCCUCCGGUCCCAAUACGUUUCUAUUUAUGUCGGAAGUUAUUGAUACUAUUAACAAUUUGUCCAACCAAAACCAAAACCAAAACCAAGCUCUAGAGAUAUCGAUCGUGUUGAACGAUUUGCACAAAAAUGACUUCAACAGCAUUUUUAGUACACUUCCAUCCUUCCUUGACCGGCUACAAGAGAAACAUGGAUAUGAAUUUAGUCAAAAAUGUUUCAUCUCUGGAGUGGCUGCAUCAUUAUAUGAGAGGUUGCAACCAAGCAAAAGCUUGCAUUUUGUACACUCUUCUAGUAGCCUUCAUUGGCUCUCCCAGGUGCCGAAAAAUCUAGAAAACAAAGGACAUAUUUACAUUGCAAAAGAUUGUCUUCCUAAUGUGUUUGAGGCUUAUAAGAAUCAGUUUUAUAAGGACUUCUCCUCAUUUCUUAACAAAAGAUCCCAUGAAAUUUUGCCAUCAGGUAGAAUGGUCCUUACAUUUAUGGGAAGGUGCAUUCCAGAACCAUCAAACAAUGAUUGUUGUUGCCUUUGGGAAUUAUUAGCUCAGUCACUUCUAGACAUGGUUUCUCAGGGACUCAUUAAAAAGGAAGAUGUUGACUCAUUUAAUUUACCUUUAUAUACUCCUUAUCAUGAAGAAGUAAAGGAAAUCAUUGUGAAAGAGAUGUCUUUUGAGCUUGAAAAGAUAGUGAUUUUCAAAGACAAUUGGGAUCAAGAUGAUAGUGAUGAUAAAAAGAAAAGUGGACAAGAUAUAGCUGAUUGUAUUAGAGCAGUUACAGAGCAGAUGUUGGUGACUCAUUUUGGAGAGCUCUUCUUAAACAAUGUGUUCAAGAGAUACGCAGAACGCAUAGCUAAUCAUCUUAAAACGGAAAAAACAAAAUUCAUUAACCUCACCGUUUCCCUGAGGAAGAAAUAA